CUGGUAAGACGUCCAUUUUGCUGAAGCUCACGGUCCCGGUUAGUCGACGCCGGUGCGGUACAGUAUAAUUCUUAUUUGCUGCGAGUUCGCGCAAAUCCAGUGGCUGUCUUUCGACGGCGUUGCGGUACCCAUACUCAGAUAGUGUGACGACUUGCGUGGCCGAACACCAGGUGUGAGAGAAUACGCACACCGGGUGGCGAGAACGAGUGCGAGAAGCAGGAAUCCCGAAGCAAGAGCAACGUGCUAAGCCGCAUCGCGCAGAGCAGCGGAAAAGUAGCUGUGUGACUUUUUAACAAGAUGGCGGAGCUGCAGGGCACCCCGGUGGCACAGGACGCCCUGUCCGUGGCUCAGCUCGAACUCGGCGGAAAUCCGAACGCCUUAGCGAUACGUAGGCCAUUCGAUCCAGUGGCGCAUGAUCUUGAACCAGCCUUCAGGCUGACCCGUUUCGCCGACCUAAAAGGAUGAGGGUGCAAGGUCCCUCAGGAGGUUCUUGGGAAACUCCUUGAGGGACUUCAGGCCGACGACGGGACUACACAAGAUCAUGAUCAUGCCCACUUUAUGCAUUUGGCAAUACCGCGCAUUGGCAUUGGAAUGGAUUCUUCUGUCACACCGCUAAGACAUGGCGGACUGAGCCUGGUACAGACGACUGAUUUCUUUUAUCCACUUGUUGAUGAUCCUUAUAUGAUGGGUAAAAUAGCAUGUGCGAACGUUAUCAGCGAUUUGUAUGCAAUGGGUGUUACGGAUUGUGACAAUAUGCUGAUGCUGCUUGGUGUCAGUACCAAGAUGACUGAAAAAGAACGCGACGUUGUUGUGCCGUUGAUCAUGAGAGGAUUCAAAGAUUCUGCAAUAGAAGCUGGUACAACAGUAACAGGUGGUCAAACAGUUGUCAAUCCUUGGUGCACUAUAGGUGGAGUUGCUACUACAGUUUGCCAACCCAAUGAAUACAUUGUUCCCGAUAAUGCUGUUGUGGGUGAUGUAUUGGUCUUGACAAAACCUCUUGGGACGCAAGUUGCUGUGAACGCUCAUCAAUGGCUUGAUCAGCCUGAUCGUUGGAAUCGAAUUAAACUCGUAGUCAGUGAAGACGACGUCCGAAAGGCUUACCAACGUGCUAUGGACAGUAUGGCCAGGUUGAACAGGAUAGCUGCUAGACUGAUGCACAAAUAUAAUGCACAUGGUGCUACCGACGUCACUGGUUUUGGCCUCCUUGGACAUGCUCAGAAUUUAGCCAAGCAUCAAAAGAACGAAGUUUCCUUUGUUAUUCAUAAUCUACCUGUUAUCGCAAAGAUGGCAGCGGUGGCGAAGGCUUGUGGUAACAUGUUCCAACUGUUGCAAGGCCACUCUGCUGAGACUAGCGGCGGUUUGCUAAUCUGUCUUCCUCGGGAACAGGCUGCAGCAUACUGCAAAGAUAUCGAAAAGCAAGAAGGUUAUCAGGCUUGGAUUAUUGGUAUUGUGGAAAAGGGUAAUCGCACAGCCAGAAUAAUCGAUAAGCCGCGAGUAAUCGAGGUGCCAGCUAAAGAAAAGGAUGGCGAGCUCUGGUAAACAGGGAUCAAAAUUUGCGUUCGCUCGCCUUUAAAUUGUACGUUUAUAUGUUUGAAAUACAUACACACAUACACAUGUAUUUGAUGCGCUUUUACAUUGCACCAUGUACAAUGGGUUUGAUUCGGACCUCGCUUAUCUGUCAUCCUCUUCGAUCUCUCUUUCGAAAUAUUUUAGACACAUGAAUCUAGAACUUCUUUCUUGCUGUUUUAUGCAUCUAAUUAAUUAUUGACCAGUAAUAAAUUGCAAUCCACUUUUAUAUAUCAAUUGAAUUAACAGUGAAUAUCUUAUAUAAGUUUUGAAAAGGAAAAAAAAACAGUUACUUUUCCUUCUUAUAUAUUAGUAAUAGAUUUACUUGUAAGUUUUUAAAGCAAGAGGUCUUGAUAUUCGAAACUGAAGGCAUAAUAUGCGUUCAACAAAAUCAGUGAGAUGAAAACAAGCCAUAUUUAUGAGAAUCAACAUUUAUAAAUGUAAAAAGCACUUGAUAAAAAUGAAUUACAUCAAACUAACAAUAAUUAUAUCGAGUGGCGACUUUAGCGUGUUGUUGAAGAAUAUCGGACGCUGGUCGCUGCAUAAUACAGAUUAUAACACAUAUUUUACAAGUUUAUAACUUGACAGAACUCAAAUAGAUUAUAUUACUUUGCGUAGUAAAUUGUGAAUCUUGAAUCGAACAGGAACAUGUGCAUGAUUUUAAGUAUUACGAAUAGUAAUACUUAAACCAUAUUUCGAUAAAGCGCAAUCUAAUAUAUUUAAAUAGAGAGACACACAUAGAGUGUCUAAAGGCCUUCUAAUUAUCAAUACAUACGCUUCGAAUGAUUCUGAAAAGAAGAAAUUUAAGCACAGGUCCUAAUGUAUUACUUUUUCAUAUGAAUAAAAUGCUACUUUGUCAAUAAAACCAA